UUAUAAAAAAACGUAUUUUGAAGUAAACAAAAAAUAUGCUGAAAUCAUCAACUUUAGUGAUGGCUUCUAGUAUUAAAUUGGAUCUAGUAGGUAUGUUUAAUGGUCGAAAAAGUAAAUAAACAGCAGUAUUUUUCAAAAUAAUCAAGGAAAAACUAAUAAUAAAUAGGGGAGAAGAGAAAUUUAUAGGUGAGUACUCAAUAAUAGUAUUCGAAAAAUGUAUUUUGUUUUUUCCUACAUUUAGGAUUGCCAUUGGUUACAGAAAAUAAAAUAAAAUAGUAAUUAUGUAACCAAUAACAACCAGGAAUAAGCAAACAAAAUAGAAAGAAUAACUUUUUAUAUUUAAUUAUAAAUUAUAAUUAAUUGAUUUUUUCCCCGAAUUAAAUCAGGUUACACAUCUAUAGUAGUACCUAUCUUAAACAAAUAUAUAAUAACAUAAUAUUGUUAGUAAUAUAAUAUGCUGACAGACCAUAUCUGCUCAAUUCGUAGGUAGGUACCUAUCACCUAUAUGCAAUGAUUUAUUGUUGAAUUCAAAUUUAACCAAUUCUAUUACAGUUACUAUUACUCUAUGACGAGAUACAUUUGACAUCUUGACACCUACUGUACAGUAGAUAGCGAUUACCUACUCGAUGAUUUGUUUUAAUUAUUAUUGUUGUAUUUCAGAUUAUUGCAAUGGAAGUCUUUCAGUUUAAUUUUUUACGAUUAAUGACAAUAUUCAAGUAUAAUUUGUAUUUCAAUUGCGCUAAAAUAUGCAGAUGUCCCAAAGUCCAAUCAAUAGCAACAGGCAGAAGAGUUGCAACUAAGAAACAUUUUUGGAGUGCAUUAGGAAUAAUUAUGGUCUUAUUUGACAUCAACUGUUUACGUUUAUUGGUGCCCAAACUAAAUGUAUUGUCAAAUGGAGUCUAUUUUAAUUUAUCAGAUUAUUAUGUACCAAUGGGCAUUUAUGAUAUCUUUAAACUUAUUCUAUCCAUACUAUUCUUACAUUUUUACUUGAAAUAUUUUAUGUAUAGAGUAAGUUACAAAAAGUUUUAAUUUUCAA